GCAGGACGGCGCUGAAGAAGACCCUCCACCUCGGCUUUCCUUCCGCGAACAGCCCGAUGAAAACUAACCAAAGCACGCUGAAAGCUGCGAUUGACCGCCCGGGCUUGCCGUAGUGUGAGACACGUCACAGGUCAAAGUUGAAUACACAGAAAACAGAAGUAGCAUGGAGACGGAGGAGAGGAGAAGGAGCAGGGGCUCCAAAAGAGCUUCCAACAAGGGUGGGAAACGAGUCAAAGCGCUGACGGCUGAGGAAGAAGCAAGAAGGAGAGAGGAGCUGAAGGAGAAGCUGAGGGAGAAGCUGGAGCUGGAGGGGAGAGCUCUGAAGGUGGUGGAGCGCCUCCUGGACGACAGUGUAGCUGAGGACUUCCUAGCUGACUGUGCCAAGAUGAUCACCCCAGCUAAUUACAGAGAUGCUGUGGAGGAGAGAUGCAUUGCUAAACUGUGCGGUUAUCCCAUCUGUCCUAAUAAACUGGGCCACAUACCAACUCAACAAUACAAAAUUUCUACUAAGACGAAUAAGGUGUAUGACAUCACAGAGCGCAAGUGUUUCUGCAGUAAUUUCUGCUACAAAGCCUCCAAAGCGUUGGAGCUGCAAAUACCAAAGACGCCUCUUUGGCUUCGGCAGCAUGAAAGUCCUCCUGAAAUUAAGUUGUUGAAGCAAGGAGAUGGUGGGAGCUCUGGUGAGGAGGUGAUGCUGUCUCAGAGGCGUCUAAAAGAGGAGGACAUCGGGAAUCCGUUGGCUGCUCAGCAUGAGGACCUUUGCGGCUCUCAGGAGCUUCCUGCAGGAGGCAGCCACAGUGACAUCAGUGACGGCGAACAGGAACAGGACUUUGUCUCCAGCAUGGUCCCCAAACAGCAGAGACCCCGGGUGCACUGGGGUGACCUGCCUAAACGCUCAGAUGAGGAUGAGAAAGGGCAACAAAGGAUGUCUGAGAGGAGAAAGAAAAACACCAGAGAGGGACAUGAAGAGAAGACCGAACACUGCCAAAGUCAGAAUACAGAAGAGCAGAAAAGUAUGAGAGAAGAUGAGGAAGGAAAAGAGUCACUUGUGUGUAAAACUGAAGUUAGAACUGAUGUGGAAAAACCCAAAGAGCUGCAGAGUACACAUACUGACCAGGCAGUGCCACAUGAGAGAGAAUUAUCUGAGGUCCUCGAUGUGGAAGAGACUACAGCUAAGAUGAGUUUGUGCAGUUUAUCAGAGGCAGUCACUCACAGCACUCCUCACUCAAACCUUCCAGCAGAAAGCAAACAUCUGCCUGCUUCUGCUCUGAAUGGCACUAAUCGGAACAGCCACGACCAGCCAGGCCUCAACAUCACCCAGGUGGGUAUGAGCAAGAGGGGGGCGGCAGGCCUGCGAGAUCUACUGAAGAACUGCGCUGAAGCCAAACCUGAGUCAGUGCGGCUCAAUCUUCUCGAGUGCUUGAAAAAAACAUUAAAAGAGUGGUGUACCAAUGAGACGCUAAGGUUCCUGUACGGCUCCGAUCAUUCACUGCGUUCUCCCUAUGCUGAGGUAAGUGAAGAAGAAGGAAAAGAGGAGGUGGAGGAAGAGGAGUUAGAUGAAGAUGACCUCGAGGACGAGGUGACGGUGGACAGUGCUGCGGAGCAGAAGAGGCCGUUGGCUGCAGCUCCAGACUAUGAGAAGCUGCGGAGGGAGACCCAGCAGCUGGAGCUCAGGGUCAGGGAGUUUUAUAAGGGCACGUGGAUUCUGCCUGAAGAGGAAGAGGGGCUGAACGGAAACCAAGUGACAGUCCAGGAAAGCAUCAAGGAUCCAGUCCUGCCCCUCAUUGACUCUCAGGCUCAGCACCUCAUCCAGAAACGAAUCACAGUGGAGAAGCUCUCCAGCUGUCUCAGAAACAUUGUAGGUCCACUGCAUCUCAACAUGAGUGACAUCUCUACCGACCUGAACAACCUGGUGAGGACGUUCAGGUUCACCAACAAAAACAUCAUCCAUAAGACUCCAGAGUGGACCCUUAUAGCUGUGGUUCUUCUGCAUCUGUUGUCAGAAGUGUCUCAGCUGGUGCGUGAAGCCCUGGAGACUUCAGCAUCCAUGGAGUAUUUGAGCACAUUGAUGAUGGAGCUCAGUCUGCAGGAGCAGGACCUUCUCAGCUUGGUCCGGCUGUUUAAAUCCCCAGCACACUGACACCAAUAUGGACAAAGCAACACAACUGCGCUCAAGAUCUGCGCCUGUGUAACAAAUGGGUCCCCU